UAACAGUCCCGGUACCUGCACAGUUUCUAGAGGAGUUGCAAACGCAGCAGGAUGCAAGCCCGACUUGGAGUGGAGAUGUUGGCCGUGCUGGUGGUGGUGUCACUGGCUGCCAGUGGAGGUGAAGGACUGACCAAAUGUGAGCUGAGACAGGAACUGAACGUGGGUCUGCCUGCAACCGUACUGGACCGCAUCAAAAACGAGAUGGCCAAGAUUGUGUGCAAUGUGGAGCUGAUUACUGCCUUCAAUACCAGUGCAGUCACCAACAUCACCAUUCAUGAGAAACAGCAUGGUUCCCGCCCUGCUAGAUCUGCACCAAGGAUGGGCAGUGAGGAAUCCAGUGAGGAGGUCCCCAGGAAGCCUAGACCUGGUUUUGGUUCUUCAACGAUCAGACCAACCACCUCCUCUCAGGGCAAUGCAUCUGCAACUGGACGUGCUCGCGUUGCGCGCCAUGCCACAUCUGCACGUGGCUCCAACAGUGAGGAAUCACAUGAAAACGAGCACAAUAAGCCUCAAUUAGGUUUUAAUACUAGUACCAGUACAGCCCACCCCCAAAGCACUGGAAGAGGUCAUGAUAGACGUCGAGUUAGGUCUCCACAUGGGUCAAGUGAGGAAUCCAAUGAGGAGUCCAGUCAGGAGUCCGUUCAGGAAUCCAGUCAGGAGUCCAGUGAGGAGUCCAGUGAAGAUGACAUCAUGCACUACUUUGCUCACAUCAUCCCACCAACUGGUUCCCAGAGUAGCGAUUCUCUCCCAAGAAGAGGUCAACGCCAUGCUAGGGCUGCACGCAGGUCAAACAGUGGGGAAUCAAAUGACCCCGAAGAGUGGACCCUCUACGGCCUGUUCCAGCUGCCAGGCCCAGUCGCCUGCAACUCGGGAUCUGGAUUCUCUCUCAACCUCUGCAACAUGACCUGCAACAGUCUGUUGGACAGUAACAUCACAAAUGACAUAUCCUGUCUGGGGACCAUCAUAAACAAGUUGUUGCCAGAGGGCAAAAAACCCACACAUGAUGAAAAAGCCGUCCUGAAACUUUUCGGUUUUGUCCACAAGGAGUGCAACACCGCGGUGAACUCCCAUUAUUUCUCCCACUGUUGAUUAUGUACCUGAUCCUGAAUGGAUCCUGUUCCAGGCCUGGACGUGCCCCAUAGUUUAUAGCUACUCUCAACUGAGACUACUGAAAUGAAGUGAAUGAUCAAAUUAAAAUAAAUGAAAUAGCAUUUAA